AUGGCGUCAAUACGGACCUUUUUCAGUGCAAAUGCUGCUCUUCGUGCUACGCCUCGACAAACAGUGUUCCAUCAACUCCGAAACAAGGGUGGCAAUAUUUGGCAGAAACAGCAUUUGAGAACAUAUGCCAAUGGAUUUGGUCGAGGAGGUGGCUAUCAGUACUCGAGAUUUCAGCAAGCAGGAGGCCUCAUGAGACGAUGGGCAGCGAGGCCAACAUUCUACUACGAAGCUGGCGGCUUGGCUGGUGUGUGUGGUGGCUUCUACGUGUACAAUUUGGAGGUCGUACCUGUAAGUUCGGAUUAUGAGAUGCAAAGGAUACCAAGUAAGAUAUUAAGCUACUGCACANNGGUUUCUGGUCGUAGGCGAUUCAAUAUCGUCUCUGCGAGCAUGGAGCAGCAGUCUGGAGACGAACUGUACCAGCAAGUCAUCCAACAAUACCAGCAUGAUAUUCUGCCUCCCUCACACCCUCAACACAAACUCGUCCAACGCGUCUUGAACCGUCUCAUCCCUCACUCUGGACUGCCUGCAGAGACCAACAACUGGGAAGUGCAUGUCAUCAGGGAUGAGCAAAAGAAUGCGUUUGUGAUUCCAGGUGGCAAGGUCUUCGUUUUCUCGGGUAUCUUGGACGUUUGUCAGGGUGAGGCAGGCUUAGCGGCUGUUUUAGGCCAUGAGAUCGCGCACAAUGUAGCUCAUCACUCUGCGGAGAGGUUGAGCUCUUAUGCCGUGUUCCUACCAGUCGCACUUGUUGCUUCAGUGCUGCUGGGCAUGGGAGAUAUUGGUAAUGUUUUUCUGAGAAUGGUUGUGGAUUUGGCUUUCCUGAGGCCCGGUAGCAGGAAACAAGAGGCUGAUUAUAUCGGAUUAAUGAUGAUGGCACAAGCUUGCUAUGAUCCAUCAGCUGCUGUCGGCCUGUGGUCCCGUAUGCACGCAGAGGAGCACGACGCUCCACCAGAAUUCAUUUCCACUCAUCCUUCGAGCCACAACCGAAUGGAGAAGAUACAAUCGUGGUUGGGUGAUGCCGAAUUGAAAAGAGAGCAAAGCGGUUGCGGUCAGGUGUCUGACUACGCUAAUCAAUUCCGCGACACAUUCUCGUUCCGCUGGUCUUGA